AUGAAAGUUGAAAGCUCGCCACCCGUGGUGUUCCAUGUCAUCGGAGUUGAUGGAGAAUCGUCUGGUGAAAACAGGAUGACUAUCGACUGGAAGCUGGAAAAUAGCUCCGAUGGCCUGCACAUUCCGCCUUUCAAUUUUGCUGUGGUUGACGACGGAAUCUUCCGGUCAGGAUUUCCAGAUACAACUAAUUUAUCCUUCUUGAAAACUCUCGGACUCCGCUCGAUCAUAUAUCUAUGCCCUGAACCUUAUCCUGAGGAGAAUUUAGAGUUUCUCAAUGCAAAUGCGAUUCAGCUUCAUCAAUUGGGAAUCCAGAAAUCUAAGGACCAUAAUCCUAUAAUGGAGAUCCAAGAGGGAAAAAUCCGUGAUGCUUUAAAGGCUCUUAUGGAUCCAAAAAACCGUCCGGUGCUCAUCCAUUGCAAACGUGGAAAGCAUCGAACUGGUUGUCUUGUGGGGUGCUUUAGAAAGUUGCAAAAUUGGUGCAUGAGUGCUAUUCAUGAAGAGUACAAACACUUCGCUGGUGACAAGUCAAGAGUUUCCGAUCAAAAGUUUCUUGAGACGUUUGACAUUUCUAGCUUCAUCAAAUCUUGA